UCCGACGGGGGUGCUCCUCCUCUCUGUCCCUUCGCUAACCCCAGGUCCCUCCCGCCGGUCCGCCGGCGCGGCUUGCAAGGGCGAACCUGGGGCCUGGGGGCAGGGUCUCCCCCAGAUCCGGGCUUCCUUCCAGGUCUUGUUCCGGCAGAAUCUGCUCUCCUUUUCCCCUCGCCCUCUAUGAAGUUUUGCCUAAUGUCCGGUGCUCGACAGUAUAAGCUCGAUCGACUGUAAUUCCAGUUCCAGAUUGAGCUUCCAUCGUGCCACGGCUACAUAUUAGUUACGGAUGCAAAUGGAACCUCCUCAUUGAAAUGUACCACAGCAACUAGGAAACAUGAGAAGAGGUUCAGAGAUGCACCACCACAACAGAAAGAAUGCAGCUUGCACCUCUUGUUGAACAGGCCAGGAAUGCUGUUUAUGUGCUUCUCGAAUUGCAACUUGAAGACCCGACUUAUCUGUGUAUUUCAUGGUUAUUCUCAGUUCUCAGUCUGUCAACAUUUUUCUUGUCCCUGAAGCCAGAAGAAUCGCUUUCGUUGAAGAAGAUAUUUUUCUUUUCCUGACUCAGCUCAUGUGAGUGUGAUCCCAGCUGGUGGUGGUAACACGCGAGGCCAGGACAGAUAUAAUAUUUCCAUGUGCUUUUAGGCGUGUAAACAACUUCUUCUUAGAUCACCUAACCUUCCACAGCGAGAGUGACAUUUGUUUCUUUAAUUUUGUUCCCCUCCUAGUUUGCUCUCUCUCUCUCUCUCUCUCUCUCUCUCUCUCUCUCCCGUUUGUUCUAUUGGUGUUUCCUUUUGGCGUUUUCGGCAGACGUUUCUUCGCCCUUGUGCUCAAUGGCUGCCUCUUCGUCUUACAGCCUAAUCCCUGGCCGUCAUAGUGAAUUAGGCAUGGAGUAUGAUGACAAACAUACUGGAGCUGCUAAAACUCAGGGAAAGUCUUGGGGCAUUUUCAUCUGCUGGCUUCUUGGAAAUGGAUGUUUGUUUGGGUUCAAUGGGAUGCUUACAAUUGAAGAUUACUACACGUACAUCUUCCCGAAGUACCAUCCAACUAGAAUUAUAACUCUCGCCUAUCAGCCCUUUGUUCUGGUCACAACCGCCAUAUUUACGUAUCAUGAGGCAAAGGUCAACACUAGGUUGCGCAACUUGGCAGGAUACAUGCUAUUCUUCUUGAGUUCAUUUGGAGUGAUUAUUCUGGAUGUCUUAUCUUCAGGAGGUGGUGGAAUCGCCCCAUUUGUUGGUGUAUGCAUUAUUGCCGCUGCUUUUGGCAUAGCCGAUGGUCAUGUUCAAGGUGGGAUGACUGGUGAUCUGUCCCUAAUGUGCCCAGAAUUCGUUCAGUCAUUCUUUGCCGGCAUAGCUGCAUCGGGUGCAAUAACCUCGGCACUGAGGUUCUUCACAAAGGCGUAUUUUGAGAAUUCCAGAGAUGGGCUUCGCAAAGGAGCUAUGUUAUUCUCCUCAAUAUCAUGCUUCUUUGAGCUGCUAUGCGUUCUACUUUAUGCUUUCGUAUUCCCUAAGUUGCCAAUUGUGAAAUUCUACCGUUCAAGAGCGGCCUCUGAGGGGUCCUUGACGGUCACUGCUGACCUAGCUGCUGGAGGCAUCAAAAGUCGCUCAAAUCCAUUGGCUGAAGAAGCUCCUGCUCACACUGAACGAUUAAGCAACAAGCAGUUGCUACACCAGAAUAUGGACUAUGCUCUGGACAUCUUCUUGAUCUAUAUCCUGACACUAUCGAUUUUUCCAGGGUUUUUGGCUGAAGACACUGGGUCACAUAGUUUGGGUUCUUGGUAUGUGCUUGUCUUGAUCGCAAGCUUUAAUGUGUCCGACCUAAUUGGAAGAUACUUGCCUCUGAUAGAGCAAAUCAAGCUGACAUCCAGAAAGGGGCUACUACUCGCAGUCAUCUCAAGGUUCCUGCUCAUCCCUGCGUUCUACUUCACUGCGAAGUAUGGUGACCAGGGCUGGAUGAUCAUGUUAACGUCGUUUCUUGGAUUGAGCAAUGGACAUCUCACUGUCUGCGUCCUCGCUGAGGCUCCCAAAGGCUACAAGGGUCCAGAACAAAAUGCCUUAGGAAACCUGCUGGUGCUUUUCCUCUUGGCAGGUAUAUUUGUUGGCGCUGUUUCUGAUUGGUUGUGGCUCAUAGGCAAAGGAUGGUGAAGCCAAACUAUUUUUUUUUCACGGGUUCAACCAUGCAAACAAGCAGAUCGCAACUGAUAUCUCGUGUUAGUAGUUGACAGAAAAGUGUAUUUUUUUCCAUCGCAAAUUAGUAUGAAUGAUCCUAUUCACAUGGUAUGCACUUGUUACAGUGCUGAAGUACUAAAUGUCUUGCCGA